AGAUGGUGGAAGGGAGUGAUUUUGUGGAGGAAAGUCCAAUUGCGAGAAUAUCUCACAAAACGUGUUUAUAGGCACGCUUUUUAUAAGCGCGUUCCAAGCCCAAGAUGAGCAGGUGGAGGAUCGUACGGUUCGCUAGAGAUGUGACUGUAGGCGCUAGUCGCCUCGUUGGAGUCACAGUUGUUCGUUUUUUUAUGUCAUGUUGUACAGUUUUUGUGAUCCUGUGGAUCGCUGUAUUUCUGUACGUCAGUUUUUACUACGCUUACAUGCCAACCGUUAGUCAUGUAAGGCCAGUGUUCCUGCUUUUCAACUCUAAUUGCGAUGAUUCUCGAGGGAAAACUUUAUGUUCCUUCCCUGAAGCCAAUUUAUCUCUGAGCACUGGAGAACGAAUAUUAAUGAGAGGGCAGCGCUAUCAGGUUUUUCUGGAUCUUGAGAUGCCACAUUCUCCUGUUAAUGAAAAGCUUGGAAUGUUCAUGGUUAGAGUAACCUUUUUAUCUGAAUCUGGAAAAGUUUUGGCAAGUUCAGAAAGAUCAGGCAUGCUUCAUUACAAGUCAGCCUUGUUACAAUCUCUUGCCACUGUUUUUUACUCUCUGCCAAUGGUUUUGGGUUUCACAGAGGAGAAACAGAUUGUGCAGAUAAACCUGUUUGAAGAAUAUGUCGAGGACUCGUAUCACCCAGCAGUUGGGGCCACUGUGAUUGUACUCAGCAAAGAAAUUGAAAUCUACUCUGCUGCUCUGAGGAUUGAAGCUCACUUUGUGGGACUGAGGUACAUCAUGAUCAACUGGCCUGUAACAUCAGCUUUACUGUCGAUUACCAUAAACUUUUUCAUCAUCAGCGCCGUGUUCUUCUUCGCGUACAGCGCUUUCUCGCCCGACUCAGGCUACGAAGAGCACGUAGAACAGCCUCAGGCAGAUUUAGACACCGUCACCGAAGAACAACAGCGCACGCUCUCACGAAGACGAGCCAGAGGGGGACGGGACAGGCCUGGAACCGAGGAUGUUCCCUCGGCCUCUUCAACCCGGCCGCCCAGGACGGGUAGGUUGAAGCCCAAAAAACUUUCUUCGUCACGCACCCAAGCACCCAGUCGUACAAACGGAGGAAUGACAAGAUGUGCCUCCUUUCCUUCCUCUAGGUGGGACUGGUGCAUUCUUCAAAGGGCUCCAACUUCGGCUGCACACAAGGCACCCUGUUCCCUCCAUAGAAACGGUCCGCGUUACCAUAGUAACGAUGAUCUGGGUUGCCGGACGGGCCUUUCGUGUCCUGGUGUCGUUGCCGAUGGGGAUGGUGAGUAUGGCGGCCAAGCUGCCCACUUCCAGAAUACUCGGCACUCACCAGUCGACACAGAACCCUACUACAUCUUGAGUUUCCGUGAGGGAAAAGCGUGGAGAAGUGAAAGGAGGCAUGGAAGUGACAGUGGCGAUGAAUAUGCUGUGGCACAGUAUAGAUCCAGUGAGGAUGGGUAUCCUGUGGUGCGGCAAAGAGCCGGUGACGAUGUAUUUCCCGCUCUGCAGCCUGGCUGCAGUGGCUUGAGAUCAAGGUGCACCUGGAAGAAAGUUCCGGAACAUGACACAAUGUCUAGUGGCAGCUCAACAGAGUGCGUUCAUACACGAAGGAAUCGGCAAUUACUGGGGGCAAGACCUCGUGGUAAGAGCUUUGAUUCCGUACGCGGAUGUAACCACCCUGCAUACGGACGUGAUUUUGAUCAUAACUGCCAUCACGAGUGCAGAGAUGGCAGUGAUCCAUCUAUCUACGAGCACUUGCACAGCAGGGUUCCUGAUGGUGCUGCUUCCUCGUCAGAGUACCUUCACAAUUUGGCCUCAGGGGCCGUGAGCACACAGGACAGUGGUCUUGUCUCUUCAGAACAAAGCGUGAAUCGGCCUGUAAACGACAGCGAGCACGGAGUGUCGAUACACAAACGAUCGGUGAACAAGACUCGAGCCAGAUUUGGACUUUCAUUGAAGAGGAUGCUUUCAAAAAAAGACGACAAGUCCUCGUGAUGAAAAUGUUUUGACGCUUCACCUUCACGUGUUUUAUUCUUCUUCUUCUUUAGAACGCUCCUAAGUUUGACGCUUGUCUCUGAUUGUUCGCUUUUAAUUUUUGUGCCUGAACCACGGCCAACCGUAAUAUUCCUGAAAAAAUCGUCAAUACCCCUCUCAAAAUCAAGAAUUUUUAUCCACACACAGAGAGACACCUUUGUUUUAGAGAGGCCCGAGGUGAGAAACAAACGCAGUUUUUUUUUUAAUUGCUUCAAAAGCAUCGGUCAUAAUUGUGAUUCAUUUGUUGGUAUCUCCUGCGCGGAAAUUCCUUGUAUAAGACAGUUUCUUGUUACCUUGCAGACACAAAAGGCGCGGGACUUUUCUUGUUCCUGAAAAGUGUGAAAAGUGUGCGCCGAGGGUAAUCCGUGUUUAAGUUUAGUCCUGAAUAUUAGAAAUUUUGCGUACUAAAGUUUUAUCAACACGGGCGAAAUUUGUCGCCAAAGUCAAAGUCAACUUGGAGGGCGACUUAUCUAGGUUGUCGUAGCGUAUGUUAAGAUUACCUUUGUUGGAUCCAUGCAUGAUAAUUGGAAGUUUACUUUUCUGUUCUUUUGGCAUGUGCGCUUUUUCAUUAGCGAUUUUAGUAUGUAGCGUCAAACGAUAGAUGAGAAGGUUCAUCUCAAUUUACCCCCUUGGUGCGCAUGGCUUAAAUUUGUCUCAGUACACAACUCUUGAACGAAUAAUUCAGGACUAUUCUUUCCAGAGGAGUAAGAUAAUUGUUCUUGGCGCUCUUUUAACUGAAAUAUUGGGCAGAAAAUUUGUGUUGACAGAGGAAGGUGCGUUGAUUUCGGUGAUACCAAGGAAAAGAAUACCGAUGAGAAAUUCUGUCACGGAUAACAGACUUUGUUUUAUUUGAGACCCGUUUUAUUUGAAUAGAUUGUUUUACUUUUUCA